AAAAAGCUUUAAAGCAUUGUGCGCGAUGCCUUUUGAAGGAAAUGCCAUUCAAUUAGCUAAAGAAGUAAUCCCAAAACUUAGCCAAAAACUGCAUAAAGGACAGGCAGGCAGAAUCGGAGUAGUUGGUGGUAGUUUUCUAUACAGUGGAGCUCCUUAUUUUUGUGCUACUUCCUCACUUUUAAUGGGCGCAGAUUUAUGUUUUGUCUUUUGCACCAAAGGAGCUUCUGUUCCCCUAAAGUCAUAUGGAGCUGAUUUAAUAAUAGCACCGCUUUUAAAAGAAUCGAAGGAUUUCGACUAUGAACUUGAUAAAAAUAAGCUAGAGAGUGUGAUCCAAUCCGACGUUUCGGAAAUAAGCCAAAUGCUGUCGAAGAUCCACGCUAUUAUCGUUGGGCCUGGACUUGGUAGAGAUCCCAUUAUUCUUGAUUAUGCUUGCCGCAUAUGCAAAAUUGCGCGACAAAACGAUGUGUCCAUUGUCGUGGAUGCGGACGGAUGUCAUCUUGUCACUCAAAAGUACGAUUUAAUAAGAGGUUACGAAAAAGUUGUUAUUACUCCUAAUGUUCCUGAGUACAGUAGACUUUGCAAGGCUAUUUUGAGUGAAGAUGCGUUAGAUAUUGGUAACUUGGAAGGCUUGAAAGAACAAAUGCUUCGUCUCUCAAAGAAACUUGGUCACGUAAAUAUCGUUAGAAAAGAUCGCCUGGAUAUUAUUACUGACGGAAGGAGUGUAUUGACUUGCGACGAGGAAGGCAGCCUGCGCCGGUGCGGGGGACAGGGUGACAUUCUCAGUGGUAUUACCGCGACACUCUUCAACUGGUCCGUUCACGCUUCCUCGACAAAGAAGGAUGGAGUAAAAAUAAGUACUCUUUACUCUGCCUGUGUCUUGACGCGUCUCACCGGACGCCUUGCUUUUGAAAAAUAUAAGAGGACAAUGCGCGCUGGGAACUAUUUUGAAUAUAUCAAUGACGCUUUUACUCGCUUAUUUGAAAUGGACUAACAAUUUCCUUUCCGUC